CGAGCGGCGGCGGCGGCCAAUAUGGCGGAUAUCCCGCCGCAGGACAGAGGCAGAUUGGUCGCUGAGACCCGCAGGCGCUUUGAGGCGGAAUAUUUGGCAGAUAAGCCCGAGAAGUACGAUCUCCGAGAUGUGGAAAAAUUACAACAAGAUGAUUCCUGGGUCGAAAGUUACUUAAUUUGGAGACACAAUGUUGUGGACGAUACGUUGAAAAUGAUUGAUGAAAGUUUUCAGUGGAGAAAAGAAUUCAUGGUCAAUGACAUGAAUGAAUCCACUCUUCCCAAGUGGGUGUUUGAAACUGGUGCCGUUUAUCUCCAUGGCUAUGACAAGGAGGGUAACAAAUUGUUCUGGUUCCGGGUGAAAUUCCACACAAAAGAUAAUAAAACACUUCUGGACAAAAAGAAGCUUAUAGCCUUCUGGUUAGAGCGGUACGCCAGAAGGGAGCCCGGAAAGCCCCUAACAGUGAUGUUCGACAUGGCAGAAACCGGACUAAGUAACAUAGACAUGGACAUCGUUCGGUUUGUCAUCAACUGCUUUAAGAUUUAUUAUCCUAAAUACCUCACUAAAAUAGUGGUCUUUGAUAUGCCAUGGAUUAUGAAUGCUGCUUUUAAAAUUAUAAAAGGUUGGCUUGGCCCAGAUGCAAUAAACAUGUUGAAGUUCACAAGUAAGAAUGAAGUGCAAGAGUAUGUCAGUAUGGAAUACCUGCCCUCACAUAUGGGUGGAACUGAUCCUUUCAAGUAUAGUUAUCCUCCACUGGUAGAUGAUGACUUUCAGACUCCACUGUGUGAAAAUGGGCCGAUUACCAGUGAGGAUGAAACCGAAAGUAAAGAGGAUAUAGACACAGAUGGUAAAGAAAUGGGAGAACCAAACUCAAAUGAAGAACAGCUCCCUGGCCCCAAAAAGAUAAGCUCAGCAGACACAGUUUCCAAACCAGAAGAACCAAUUUCCAAACCAGAAGAAUCAAUUUCCAAACCUGAGGAAUGUGACAAAGGAGAGUCAAAGACAAAAUCUGUGAAGAAACCAUUAAGUGUAUUUAAAGGGCUUUUACUGCACAUCAGCCCCGCUGAAGAAUUGUAUUUUGGAUCUAAAGAAAUCGGAGAGAGAAAAUGCUUAAUAAUGCUCACAAAUGUAGCUAAAAAUACAGUGGCAUUUAAGGUGAGAACAACGGCUCCAGAUAAAUAUAGAGUUAAACCAAGCAACAGUAGCUGUGAGCCUGGCACAUCAUUAGAUAUAGUGGUGUCUCUUCAUGGGGGCUUCACGGUUUCCCCUCAAGACCGCUUCCUGAUCAUGGCUGCUGAAAUGGAGCAGCAGCUUUCUGGCACGGGGGCAGCCGAACUGGCCCAGUUCUGGAAGGAGGUGCCCCGCACCAAAGUGAUGGAGCACAGGUUAAGAUGCCACGUUCUCGAAAGCAGCAAACCUUCUAGUCUCUCGUUAAAAGAAAACGCUUUUAAUGUUCCGACAAAGACGAAUGAGGAUUUAUACUCGCAGCUUACACGGUUACUAGACCUCAAUAGGAAACUUCAAGAGCAAGUUGACCGUUGUCUCUGGUUCCAACAGUUACUGACUUCUCUAACAGUCCUCUUACUCUCCUUUGCCACCUUUUGCUUGUAUGUGUUAUACAAUCAGAGGAGCGAUGCGCUAUAGGGUGCGUGGCUAACCUGAGCUAACUAGUGAAGAAGUCAGACCCCCAAAACUAUCCACUAAACCAGAACCGGCUCCGGUGGUGUACAUCUGUGCUCUCCAGAGUCAUAAGUACAGCACUGAGAUUACUUGCCAUUCAAAGAAGAAAGGAGAGCAAGAACAAAGAUGCCACUCAAAGUAGCUUGCCUUGUUGUGUAAUGAGGGAAGAGGAGAAACAGAGACGUUGAACACUGGAAAAAAAAUGAAUGGAAUGUGGUUAUCUCACAAGUGGAGGUCAAAAUCGGACCGAGUAACGUAACAGUUGAAUAGGAGUUACUUUUCCUUUUUGGUUGGAGUACCUUAAACGUCACGUGCUGAGGUCUUCUGUAUAUACGGCGGACUGAUGACGUGCAAGCCGAAUGCUCUAUUGCAGCCAAGAGAUAUUCUGCCUUUUUGUGGAACCGAGUUGCCACAGUUGAACCAACGUGUUAGCUUUUCUAUCCGUUGUAUAUUAAGUCUGUGUAUAUUGAGUAAAGAAAAUGUACCCCUAAGAUGUGUAAUUUAUGUAAUCAUGACUUUUUGUAAUUCCGAACUACUUUCAGAUUAUAGUCGACCUUCUUCCGGAGCGUUAGACCGUUUCAGUGGUCAAUGCCAAGUGGCUACUGUUUUCUAUUAGAAUUCCCUGAGAACCUGUCGUCGCCUUGGCUUCAUUUUGAGCAAAUACAGUAGCUGCCAUCUGAUAGGUUAAAGGGUCGUUUUUCCUUUUUGUCACCACACGCUUCCUGGAAGGGUUCUGUCAAACAACUGUUGGUGGGUGAUUUAACUGUAUCUCCCAGUAAACCCUAUUUUUAAAGGGGAGGGAGAACUACUUGAAUAGCUACAGUUUGCACUCUGUGUACUGUAAAGAUCCAAAUGGCUAAUUUGGGGCUCAGAUCUGUACCUCCCGAAAAAGAAACAUCCUAUAAACAUCCUUUGGACUGGCCCACAAACGUUUGUUGAAACAAGCCAAGAUCAAGAAAAACAUCUAAGAAAGCAGGUCUCCUCGAGCACACCUGGACAGAUGAGGAGAGUCAUUCUGGAGGCAGUUUUGUUUUUCAGUGUUACGGGGAAAAAAAUGACCUCAACCAUAGGCUGAAACUUUAUAACACUAGAGUACUAUUUAUUGGAAAAUAAAUUAAUCUAGGAUUGGAUCUCGAUUUUUGAUCAAGGAGUUAUUUAUGCUGCGUAGCUUCACUGAGCUUCUUGGGUGGUUGAGUAGAAAUUUGGUGUGUAAAUCACGGUUGAGAAGAGUACUCUGAAGACUGGACUCGAACUUUAAUCCUUGAAUGCACACUGCUGUGGUAUCUCCACUUAACUUAAAUUUUUAUAUUUCAGUUUUAGCAACUCCAGACGAGAAACUGACUGACCUCCACCCUAAGUACCUUUUUCUCCCACUCCAUUUUAUGUGCACAGUCAUUUGUCAUGCAUGCUGAGUUCUUGGCUUUAGAUGCUUUAAUAUAAUGGAGAAAAUCGCUCAGUGUGGUCAUGUGUUCCUUUGCUAAAAACUGAGGAAAAAUUUGGGCAGGUUGGAGAGCUGCUUUGUUCUAACAGUGUCUCUUUGAUGUUUCUUGGUGAGAUAACAUUGCCUAACAAAAACCUAACGGCCUGAAGUUUUGAGCAGUCUUUCAUUCUUCAAAUCAGUAACCUAAGCUGUUAUUAACAAUGUGGCUUCUGUGACUAUGCAGAAUGGCUGAAAUUUUACCGUAAAAAUCAAAGAUGUCGACAGCCUAACCUUUCUACUUGUCCCGAUGUAUUCUGUACGAAUUCAUGUUUUCGCUCAAUGUCUCAUGUGAACGGUCAUUUUUAGUAGUCCGCGGCUCAUCUCAUACUGCCGAAUUCAUAACUUCAUCUGUUUACAAAUGAAUUACUGAGAACCAAAUGUAGAUCCUCUUUCAGUUCUCACGAUGGACUAUACAAAGUUUCUGUUAAAUUGAAUAUCACCUAAUUGUUAGAGAGUAUCCUAGAAAUCGUGGUGACUUGAGAAAUUUGAAGCUAAUUCACCUAAUACACCAUUGUAACUAUUUUGAAAUUCUUGCCUCUAAUUUUCAAUAGAUUUAAUAGCACUUUAUUGUACAACCGCAAGAAAUAUAUUUAGAAUUGUUACCAGUAGAAUUAUUCUGAUACUCUGGUGCUUUCCUAUAUUUUCAGUAUUUUUAUUACGAUAUUGGUAUUUUCUUUGUAUAACUGGUCAAAGGACAUGUUUUCUAUUUUAAUAUGUUUUAGAGGAAUAACUACAUUUCUGAAAUAAAAAAUCACCAGGAGAAA